AUGAAUAACGAUCUAGAAGAUGGUCCAAUCUGGCAAGAUGAUUCCAGCGUAACAAAUUGCUUUUUAUGUAAUUCCACCUAUCAUAUCUUUAAUCGUCGUCAUCAUUGUCGUAAAUGUGGUAGGGUCGUAUGUGGUCCUUGUUCACAACAAAGAGUUAAAUAUUUCCCAAAUACAAUAGUGGUAUUGGAUUAUCUGGGUGCAAAACAUACUGCUAUGCCAUAUGAUCGAUUUAGAACUUGUGAUGAGUGUGUGGAGGAGAUUAGAAUGAUUAGAAGAGCUUUGUUUGCUUUUGAUACUCGACGUAAUGAUGAGGAAGAAAAUGAUGAGGAAGAGGACGAGGUUGAUGGAGAAGGCUCUGCUGUUGGUACUGCUACCAGUAGUUCCGCAUCCUCCGUUCAUGAACCUAUUCAACUGACGCUGGAAAUGGACGGAAACAAUGACGAUGAUAAUAAUAGUGUGGGGAAACAUGUCGCAAAUACAAGAACUCGUCUACUUCGAACUUCUUCAUCUCGUUCAUCUCAACUAAUACCCAAUUCAAGUCGUCUGCAACGACAGCACCGAUAUCAUCAUCGUCAUAGUAAUAACAACCGAGAUGACGAAAGUGAUGACAAUUUAUGUCCAGUAUGUGCAGUUGAUUUAUUGAAAUUAUAUAUUGAUAAAAACAAGACACAUAUUGAAAAUAUAUCAAAUAUUGAUUUUGAAUCAUUUAAAGCUGGUCAUAUAAGUGAUUGUUUAAUUGAUUAUGAUUUCAGUACUUCAAAUCAAAGAUUCUCUCCCACUAAUAAAUCUACUGCUAGAAAUAAAAUGUUAGUAUAUAAUAUUCCACCAAUACCAAAACCAAAAUUUGAAAAUAUUCCUGAUUCACAUACAGAAGGAGGAGGAGAAGUGGAACAACAAGAAGAAGAAAGUACCAGUGCUGGAGAUGAGGAUGUAGAACCUCAUAUUGGAUCAGUGAAUUCUACAUCUACGAUCCCACCGUCAGCUGAAAAGAGAGAAGAAGAUAUAAUUGAGAAUGAGUGUGUUAUUUGUUUGGAAGAUUUGAAGCCUGGUGAUAAAGUAGGACGAUUGGAAUGUUUAUGUGUGUUUCAUUAUAAAUGCAUAAAGGAUUGGUUUAAUAAGAAAGGUUAUGGAGAAUGUCCGGUUCAUUUUUUACAUAAAUAG